CACAGGUGCAAGCCCACCGACGGAAAUUCUGGCUGGCUGGGACAAAUUGAAGACCUCCAAAAUUUCGGCUCUGGGAGGGGAUCUUGCAUCUUCAGCUAUCGAACCAUCCACGACCAAACGCCAGUCAAUCCGCUGUCGAUACUAACCCAAUAGCCCAUCAUGUCGGACAAGGCCCAGAACCCCAUGCGCGAGCUGCGCAUCCAGAAGCUCGUUCUCAACAUCUCCGUUGGCGAGUCUGGUGACAGACUUACUCGUGCCGCCAAGGUGCUCGAGCAGCUGAGCGGUCAAACCCCCGUCUACAGCAAGGCCCGCUACACCGUCCGUACCUUCGGUAUCCGCCGUAACGAGAAGAUCUCCGUCCACGUCACCAUCCGUGGCCCCAAGGCCGAGGAGAUUCUCGAGCGUGGCCUCAAGGUCAAGGAGUACGAGCUCCGCAAGCGCAACUUCUCCGAGACUGGCAACUUCGGCUUCGGUAUCACUGAGCACAUCGAUCUCGGCAUCAAGUACGACCCCGCGAUUGGUAUCUACGGCAUGGACUUCUACUGCUGCAUGACCCGCCCUGGUGAGCGCGUCACCCGCCGCCGCCGCUGCAAGAGCACCAUCGGUGCCAGCCACAAGAUCAAGCGUGACGAGACCGUCAAGUGGUUCAAGUCUCGCUUCGACGGCAUUGUCCGGUAAAUGCAGCCAGGACAUUCGCGCGUCCUUGGAGGAAUCACGACAAAAAUGAUGGAUCUCAAAAAAAUCUUUCUAGCAUGGCGGCGUUGACUGGAUGGAAUUAUUUCAAGGCAUGAUCUGGCACGACAUGACUUCGUGGGUCCUGUAUCUACUGAACACUGGCGACGAAAAUCGUCAUAUCAAGCUCGACUUGUGUCAAUCAAGUCAGCUGCGGCCUCAGAGACCGACCGGCGCUAUGCCGGC